AUGACCAUAUUAAGUAAGCCAUCGAGCGACAAAGACGAUGCAAAUCCAGGUCAUGAAAAGAAGAGGGUAUUUACGGAUACCUCUGCACGAUUCCAUGUCAAGGACACUACCAUUGUUCUCCAAGCAUCAGAGACACCCUUCGUCGUAGACUCUACUUUCGAUUUAUCCUCUGAUGCGGUUCUGGUAUACGCUGAAACGAUACAAGUUGGGAGCAAGCUCAUCCAACUUCCUGGAAAGAAUCUGGGGUUGUUCUGUAACAAACUCAUGAUAACUGAAGAUGCUGAGAUAGAUGUUUCUGGACUUGACGGAAGGGAAGGGAUCCCCAAGAUAUCCGGUCCAAAGAAAGACGUGCCUGAUGAUAAGAAAAAGAAAGGAGAUAAGAAGGGCGACAAGGGGAAAGAUGAUAUGGACAACGAUGCAACUGACGGCAAGGACGCUGGUAAUGUUUGGCUCUUCGUACAAGAUGCCAGCGUUGAGACCCUAAAGAGGCUCCGGAUAAGCGCAUUUGGAGGGAGAGGGGGAAAGGGAGCCGACAGCAGCGCUGAGGGUGUACCGGGGAAUGAUGGCAAAGCUGGUGGCAAUGGAGGUAACAUUGAAGUUAUUUUGGGGUCACGCAAGAUGAACGAAGCAAUGGAGGUAUCGGCUCUACGAAAACGGGCGUGGCCAAUGCAAGUCCGCGCUCUGCUUGACGAGCACUUUCAAUUGGUGAACGAUACAGAUUCUGCGUGUGUCUCCAAAUAUUGCGAACAUUUGUCGACAAUUCUCAAAGUACAAACGAUCCUGUCAAGUCUCCAAUAUGAUAAUGAAGUAGGAGAAGAAGUCAAGACUGCUGAGAAUUCUAUCAACAAUUAUCUGAAGAAGGUCAAGUCGCCGGAUAUAGACAGGAUGAUAGACUCCACAGCUGCCCUCUCUGCAAUUGAGAAAGAAUUAACCAGUGUCAAAGACAUAUCGGCCAUUAACGGCAUUCUUAAAGAUGGCCGAAUGCAAAAGGCCCUUGCGGCUGUUUCUGAGGAGUCCGAGCUAGCUAGUAUUCUCGAGAAUCUCUAUGAAGGCCUGAUGGAUGAGGUUCAUAGCGCGGAGAGGAGCCUGGCCAGCCGUUGCAACAGUAUUGAAGGAGAGGGUGGACAAGGCGGUCGAAGCCCCAACGCGUUAAUACCUCCUGGAAAGCGAGGAGCAAGUGGUCUGCGCGGCAGGGUAACCCUGCAAGACCUGAACCCCGCAGGAAGCGCCAGGUACCUCAAUGCUACGCAGGCCUUUGCCUUCCCUGAGCAGUGCCAACUGCUGCUUCGUCAAGCUGACCUGGCCUUUUACAGUCAGGCCCCUGAAGAAAUUGAUCGUGCGGCUGAGUUAUAUCGUCGUAUAGUGGAUCGCUUGGGGUUCCUCAAGUUCGCCAAGUUCAACCAAAGUUCCCCUAGACCUUUAGUCAAGGCGUACCAAAGCUUGGAGACAAUUGCCAAAGUUACACUGUUCAGUGAGGAUACUCUCAGAUCGGUUUACAAUCAGGCCAAGUUGAGGCUCCAACGCUUGGUGCUGGGAUUGGACAUGUGGGGUCAUGAUGAACUCUGGGUACCUCGCUUGUCGGUUCCUUUCUAUGACGCCGACUUGGACAUUGGACUUAAUCUCUUAAAGGAAGAGGAGACCCUAGUCGAAGAGUAUGAGAAGGAAGUGGUAGAGAACCGUGCGACGGCCGUUCACGUUGAGAAGUCGAAGUCGAAACUUUCAUCUACUCUAGAAAGCCUGAAAGCCACUAUAACCCAGCUCGAGCACCCAAAUGGCCCAUUAAAGAUGGCCAUAUAUCAUAUCGCAGCUUUCAACCCUCAGCUUAAAGCUAAACGGCAAGAGAUACGAGCCAUAUUGAAGUCAUUAAAAGGAAAAUUCAAGGAACCGCCUAUUAACUACCUAAAAAUACUCGAUGGGUUGUCAACUCUGGUAGACACAAGUAUGAAGCCAUCGUCCAUACUUAAGGGCUUGAAAACAGCAGCCGAGUUAUAUAAGAGCAGGAAGAGUUACAAAGAUGAGAAAUAUGGGGAGUUGAUGGAGGACUACCUGAUUGACGAGAUUAAAACAUUGGAGGGCUCGAUAUCUGAUCUCGAAGACGGAUUCACCACCAGAGCGGAUCAUACCAUCGAGCUCGAUGACCCAAAAUGCAUCAAGAUCCUCGCAAGCAACGAAAAGAUUCGAGAACUGUUCAAGGAAUAUCGAAAAUCUUUUCCCAAAGAGGUUACCACAGAGCUGAAUGACGCCCUCGAUAAGUACGAGUUGCUGGUCAAGACACGCAAUAAAGCAAUUGUCGAGCUAAACUCGUGCAUUCUACUCUUGCUCGAAGCACAUGAGUCAGUCACAAGUCUCGACGCACAAAGCAAAAGCCUGGGAGAGAAGACGCUACAUAUUGAUCCCAACCUCCCUUUUAUAGCCCACUGGCUUCGAAGGGCUCGUGAUGUUUGUCAGUUUGCUGUUAUGCAACAGCUUAACCACCAACGCCGUGCCAUACGAUUCUGGGGCUUGGGUAAAGACAUACGGUCUAGUGGGUCUAUUCCUGUGGCCAAGUCAGUUAUACUACGUUCUGAAAGGCAGGAUAUACACAAGGCCUUUACUAAGUGCCUCGAACGUUAUGCCGAGAGUGUAAGGAGCUCGUGGCCUCUGCACAAGAAUCGUGCCGGGCCCAUCUAUACCCUCACCAAGGCUCAGUUGACGGAGCUGAAAAAGCUCAAGACUAUAGAGGUCGGCGACAAGAAGAAGACAGAGCAUAGUGUCUUGGUCGCCAUUGAUCCAAAGUCUCCUCACCCGUUCCGUAACUAUACCGACAUCCGCUUGCGCCAAGUUCGUCUGUGGCUUAUCGGGGCAGACUGCACACCUAACGAGAGUGGAAAGAAAUUGGUUACGGCCAGCCUUAUCCAGAUGGGAGACGAGACAAUACAGACCCAACACAUGGAAGAUGUAGAGUUCAGUCACGACCACGUGCAGAUCUCAUUUGAGUAUUUCGCAGACGAGGUACUGACUCGGGAACAAGCAUCGCAUGCCGCUGUUCACGGUCGACAAGAGACUGAGGACUAUCACUACAUUGGGGCCAGUGCAAAGUAUUCCAGCAUAGCAGCUAUUGGACCGUUUGCUACCUGGAAGAUAGUCUUGCCUGUUAACCAGAACACGAAUCAAGGACUGGAUAUUUCAAAGGUCGAAGAUGCUUUCUUUGAAUUUAGAGGAACUAGUCAAUCGGCUAUAGAUGGAUGA